CCUAUCAGUUUCCCGCUAAAAACACAACUACUUUCUUCUCUCAGAGAAUCUUCCCAAUCGAAGAACAUACAAACCCUAGAUCGAUCUCCAUACCGAUCCAUAUCUGUCAAAGAUCGAAAGAAUGCCAGCCAUUACUCGAGGAAGUCACUGUAAGAUUGAGAAUGGAACGAAAUUGGAUGAUGUCAUGGUUGCGAGAGUGACUGAUGCAUCUGCUAUGGAGAAAACUCCUCCCAAGCGGAAACUGAGAUCUGGUGAUGCGCAGAGACAACAAAGCCCUGUCUCUGAACCGAUGAAUUGGAAAUCGCCUCGUCGGUGUCUCAAUUCGAGUCCAAAGAGCGUUCCACAUAGCGAUGGGAAAACGUUUAUUGAUGGCUUUCCUAAAUUACAUAUGUCGCCGAUAAAAUGCUUGUUCAAGAACCCCAGUGUCAAACCAGAUUGGAAUCCUAAAGAUACCCAACAUAUAAAAACAGCAAAGGAAGCAUUGCACGUAUCGACAGCUCCAACUACAGUCAUGUGCCGCGAGGAUGAACAGAGCAGAAUCUUAAAUUUCUGCAAGGCUUGUGUGGAGAAAGAAAAAGCUGGUAGUUUGUAUGUUUGCGGGUGUCCAGGAACUGGCAAAUCUUUGUCCAUGGAAAAAGUGAAAGAGCAGUUGGCUGAUUGGGUGAAAGAGUCAGGUCUUCAGCUGCCAGACAUUUUGUCCAUAAACUGCACUUCGUUAGCUAAGACGUCGGACAUUUUCACUAAGAUAAUGGGGGAAGCCCAACCGCAAAAGAAAAGGAAUGGCUCUUUAACACCCUUGCAACAUCUUCAAAGCUCGUACUCCCAAAAGGCAGAGUCAUCUUGCACGAAAAUGAUGUUGAUAAUUGCUGAUGAAUUGGAUUAUUUAAUUACAAAGGACAAGGCAGUGCUACAUAAUCUAUUCAUGCUUACAACUUUCCCAUUUUCAAGAUGCAUUUUGAUAGGAAUUGCAAAUGCUAUUGAUUUAGCAGAUCGUUUUCUUCCAAGACUUCAGGCAUUGAAUUGCAAACCUCCGGUCAUAACUUAUAGGGCUUAUUCCAAGGAACAGAUACUCAAGAUUCUUCAUCAACGGUUAAUUGUGCUUCCUUUCGUUGUCUUUCAGCCGCAAGCUUUGGAGCUUUGUGCUAGAAAAGUUGCAGCUGUAUCUGGAGAUAUGAGAAAAGCUCUUUGUGUUUGCAGAAACGCCAUUGAAUUGUUAGAGGCGGAACAUAAAGCAUCCUCUAAGGAGGAAGACCAUAUAGCAUGUGAUGCUUCAGCACCUGAGAUUGUUAAAAGUCGGGAGUCUCAGAUUGUGAGGUUGGACCAUAUGGCUGUUGCCUUAUCCAAGACUUUUAAAUCACCAGCAGUGGAAACCAUACAAUCUCUUCCUCAGCAUCAACAGAUUAUUUUAUGCUCUGUUGUGAAACUCGUUCGUGGAGGAAAGAAGGAUACAACCAUAGGAGAGGUAAACAAAUCAUACGUAGACAUCUGCAAAUCAACACUAAUUCCGCCAGUAGGAACCUUAGAACUUUCAAACAUGUUCACAGUGCUAAACGACCAGGGGCUCCUCAAACUCGGCCAGUCUCGAGACGAUAAGACGAGGCGGGUGUUGCUGAAAGUCGACGAAGCUGAUGUCAUGUUCGCAUUACAGGGAAUACGGUUCUUUCGAAAUUGCCUUACAGUAAAUUAGGCGUCUCGAAAUCGAGUAUAGAUUGGUUGGUGCUGAUGAACACCUUAGUUUCUGGCUUUUUCUCACCACUCAAGAUGCCAUCCAUACAUCAGGGUCUGAAAAAGGUUGGGAGAACCAGUUGGAGAAGCACAUGAAAAGCUAGUCCAUUUGUAUUUCAUUAAAAGAAACUAAAUAAUUUGUUGAUUUAAUUCAAUGUUGUUAUUAC